AUGGCCUCUCAGCUGCCGCCGGCGGCCAAGGCGGCCCUCGAGAAGCUGGACUGGCUAAUGUCCUUCUCCAGCCAGCAUGAAUCGGGAGCCGCCGUCUCCACCGUCGGCAAGGGUCUUGCCGCAUGGCUCACCGCGAGCUUUUUCCUCCUGCUCAUUCCGUGGACGCGACCGAUCAUCGCCUUCGAAGCCUCCGCGCUGCUCUUCAGACCCUGGACGCUCAUCACGGGGGCCGCGAGCGAGCCGAACGCGUCCCUCCUCAUCACGUCAGUCUGCACAGGGACGAUGGCGACGCGCAUCAUCGAGCCCGUCCUGGGCACGAGCGGCCUCGUCUGGCUCCUCGCCACCACGCUCCCCUGGGUGACCAUCUCCGUGUGGACCACGCAAGUCGUGCGGUGCCUGUUCGGCGCCGCCCCCGCGAUCCUCUCCGCGCCCGUCGCAUCGUCGCAAGGCCUCCUCGCCGCCCUGCUAGUCGCGCUGCGCUACACGGCCCCGAACGAGAAGCUCCACGUCAUGGGCGGGCGCCACGUCCUCGACGUCGCGAUGCUGCCGGGCCUCCUGGUCGCGUACCUCGCGGUCGUUGGCGCGCUGGGGUUCGCGGGGGGACACCACGCGCUGUACGCCGCUGCAGGCGCCUACACCGCGUGGUUCUACCUGCGCUUCGUGCGCGUGGCGGCGCCCGGCGCCGGCCGCGGCGACCCGAGCCACGAGUUCCGCUUCGCGGUGUUUCUGCCCGGGCAGGUGCGGCCGGCGCUCGAGCCGCACCUGGCGAAACUGCGGCAGAUCUGCGCAAAGUACCUGCCCGAGGAGGGGCUGCCGGCGGGGGCCGGGCGCGACAGCCGCGCCGAGGUCCGAAUGCAGGGGCUGCCGGUGGCGGGCGCGCUGUCCGGGGCGACCACGACGGAGCGCGCGGCGCAGCGGGGCCGAGCGCUCGUGGACGAGCGCGUGGCGGGCAAAGAGAGCGCCGGCGGGGACCCUGUGGUGUGA